AUGGCGUCCAACUCCGCCCUCUCGCAGACAAUUCAAUCGCUGACUCUCAGCAAGAUCCGCGAGUUGGAGAAUCUGCGCAACACUUGUCAGUCGCGUAAAUCUGUGAUCCUCAGGUCAAUUGCAGCCUGUGACGAUUGGUUUGACAGAUUGACAUAUCUCCUGGCUGGCACCAAGGAGCUGCAUCCCGGCGCCUCUAAGGAUGUCACCGUCGGUCAUAUCGAACGAUGGCUUGAUAAAGCUAGAUACGACUCGUCAAUUCCAUCGAAGAUGAUAGAGGCAACCCCCAAAGCCAAGGAUGAUUCUGACGACGAAGAUUUUCUGGUUGUGGAAGAACGCCAAAAGCAACGUCUUCAGCAAUUAUGCGACCAGUCCGAAGCGGUCGUCUUUGAGCCACGUGAGACUAACGAACAGGAGAUCCAUGCCUUUCUUGAAGAUCUCUUCCUUGAGGAUGAGGGGAAGCGUGCGCUGAGCAAACUACGUAGCUCUGUUAAGGACAGAUGCAAAACAAUUUGGACAGCUGAGGAACCAUUCAACCGGAUUUCAUUGUCCAAUUUCAUUAAUGGCCUGCUGACUCAGGAGCUGCUGAGUGACGGGAAGCGAGCCAUGCUCAAAGACUUCCUGGACAACGAGGUCGCUAUGACCGAGAUUGCAGAUGUCCUGAAUAUGCGAUACGCAGACUUGAAGAACUGGGACCACGAAGUUGAUGGAGGUGAAACUGAUAUCAAACUUACGGAAGAGGUCUCUAAUGCUCUGGAAAAGGUGGAGUCUCGGAUCGAUUAUCCCGUGGAGGAUAACGAACUUAAAUGGAUUCUGCAACUGUAUGCUCAAGAGCCGCUGAGACUGCUUGGGGGUUUGAGUCUGGUGGACAAGCGGUUCUUGCCUGUUGGAGCGUUGGCGAUGGUCAAGGGGAAGAGGGUCACCUGGCAGAUGGUGUUGUAA